AGGCUGGCAGCGCUCUGUGUGAUGCUGCAAGAGUGUCCGGCCACUCGCCCGCUUCCCGGGGCACAGAAACUUCCUGUGUCCCUUGGUCCUCCCACACCCCCGCACACCCCACGCAGAUCUAGGAAGCAGGCUGGAUCUCACACACAGCCCACAGUAACCAGAUCCCCGGCGGGUGGAGCAGCCGGGAGCGUCACUAUCACUGAGUAAGACGCUGCUCAAGCCCUCAGUCCAGGCUCCGCGGUGGGGAUACACAGCAUAGGGCAUGACGCAGAAGCUGAGCGAGUGGGCCAAUGCGCCCGCCGAGGCCACCGGGCUGUAUCGAGCAGUGCUGCUCAGGUCAGCCUCCAUGUACUCAGAGAUCCAGAGGGAGCGGGCUGACAUCGAGGGACUCAUGGCCCGGCCAGAGUACAGAGAGUGGAAUUCAGAACUCAUCAAACCCAAGAAGCUGCUGAACCCUGUGAAGGCCUCUCGAAGCCAUCAGGAGCUGCACCGUGAGCUGCUUAUGAACCACAAAAGGGGCCUGGGUAUGGACAGCAAGCCUGAGCUGCAGCGAGUCCUGGAGCACCGUCGCAGGAAUCAGCUGAUCAAAAAGAAGGAAGAGGAGCUGGAGGCCAAGCGGAUGCAGUGCCCCUUCAAACAGGAGCUGCUGAGACGGCAACAGAGACUGAACCAGCUGGAAAACCCACCACAGAGAGACGAGGACCAAUCCCCUGAGUUCAUCAAAGUCCGGGAAAACCUGCGCAGAAUCACCACACUGACCAGCGAAGAGAGAACACUGUAGAGUUCCCUCCACUCAGCUCCCGCCACUCACUCUGGCCCAGCCCUCCUCCAGCCUUUCUGAACCUGAGGACCCUAGCCUACAAUGAUGCCAGCUAGGCACACCUGAAAGGCCAGCUAUCCCUGGGAAGCUGGAGACACCUUCCCCCCACGUACCCCACUGGAAAGUCUCCAGACUUUUCUUUCUGAGCAGCUGGCCUUCCUGCACCAGAGAGGAAGCCACUCACUGCCAGGAAAGACCUCUGGAGGUGCCAUCCCUGAUCUGACUCACUGAGAUUUCCCUAGAAGUGAGGAAGAGGGCCAGGAUCCUUCCACUCUGCCCCAGUUGCCCAAUAAGGCCUACUUCUUGGGGCAACUCAGCUCCUAGUGUUAGGAACAGUUCAACUCUGGCUUAACCUGAGGCCAAGGGCAUCUGUUUUAGAAAUCACAGAGCGAGCAAAAAGGCUUUGUUUGUAGCAAGGAAGGGUGUGGGAGGCCACAGCAGGCUGUGGCCAGGUGAGAAGGGUCCCAAGCAAGACAGCUUUAGGCCUUGCCAGCUUGCCUCAUAGUUUGGCUUUUAUUUCUCCUCCCCCCUCCCCACUCCUAAAUUACUAACCACACCUCACCUCAGAGCUCCCAACCUAGAACAGCAUGUUGCCAAGUUUACUGUAUAUACAAAUCAGAGAGUCCUGUGAGCAGUCCCUGGAAGAUACAUGUCUAACCCACUCCCAGAGGUGGUCUAGGACAUGGGUUUGAGCAGAUAACUAGAUUAAAGCACCCAAGAGUGGCAUAUCAGAAAUGUCUAAGUCUCUUGGCUCCCUGGCCUGGAGGUUCAUUCCCACUGCCUCCUCUGAAGCCCCCCAAGUCCUUCAUUCAUACACACACACACACACACACACACACACACACACACACACACACGAACCUUUGGCCUGGUCAGAGGAUUAUAACAGCCAAUCUUUAUUUCUUACUGGUAGAAAAAUACUAUCAUACAAUUCUAGCCAAAAAGAAGGGGAAAAGAACCUUAGCUUUCUACAGCUUUUGGAAAGCAACUAUACAACGAUUUCCUCUGGAAAGAUAUAUAUGGUAGUUUGAAGACCCCAAUGCCAUGGUGAUGAAAUGGACUCUUAGGUCAAUAUUGCCAGCACUGUUACCUGAGACCCCUCCCCGUCUCCCCCAGUCUGGGUCUUUCCCACCCAUUCUUCUCAACAGCCGCUUCCUCCAUGACACCCAAAUACUUGAAUCUUUUGCUCCUAUGCCAUUUUUGAGGAUCUACAGAGUAAGCCAGGCCUGGAUCCUUUUUCCUGAAGAAUGAAAUCCACGACUCAGCUUUUAAGCCUUUCUCAGGUGGGAGGGAACAGCAGGGCCAGACAAGCAGAGGUUCUCACUCCCCAGACUGCAGAUUUCCCUGCUGGGGCCCCAAUGGCUCUGCCUCCAGGAAAUGACAGUGAAUGGAGAGUCUGUCUCUUCCUUAUGGCUGGUGCCUGCACAGACGUGAAAAUAGACUCUCUCUCUCUCUCUCUCUCUCUCUCCCCCUUUCCCUCCUUCUCUCUGUUUCUAACUCUACAAGUCUAAAUCAGUGGUUCUCAACCUUCCUAACGCUGCAACGCUUUAAUACAGUUUCUCAUGUUGUAGUGACGCCCCAACUGUAAAUAAUUUUCAUUGCUUUUUCAUAACUGUAAUUUUACUACUAUUAAAAAUAAUAAUGUAAAUAUCUGAUAUGCAGGAUAUCUGAUGUGUGACCUCACUCCCCCCCAUGAAAGGGUCACAACCCACAGGCUGGGAAAUGCUGGUUUAAAUGCAGUGAAGCUGUCUUAAGUAUCUGUUGGUGAGGUAUUAUGCUGAAGGUGUGUGUUUCCUAAAUAAAGAGAGGAUUGGGGGUUGUCACCUUACAGGUACAUGAGCUGUUCUGACAUGUAAAGAGGAGCAGGACAGGGCAUCUGGGAUAGAGUAGGGCCACUCAAGGGACUUAGCAGUCCCCAGAAAAAUGGCAAGUCAUGGAGAAGACACUCAAAAGCACAAGAGACCUCAAGGCAAGUCUUCCAGGGGAACUAUAGUAGUAGCUACCUUAAUACUCUGUGAAUCUGUUAGUCCCAAUUCCAUCUCUCUCGCUGCCUUUCACCAGAAACUGUAAACCUAGAUUCUCAUUCUCCUAGCCUCCUCUGUAGGGUUAGGUGAGCAUGUGACAAGGUACGGCCAAUAAGAUUGAAGUGAAAGUCUACAGGCGCUACUAGAAAAGCCAUGCCGCUCAGAGAGCCUCGCUUUGCCUCUCCCUUCUUGAUUGAGGAUGCAAUGCCUACACCAUUAGCAACCAUGUUUUACCUGAGGAAAAGGCCAAAAGAUCCAUAAACCCUGUGAUCGUCCGACCAAGCAAGUGCCAACAUCUCCCUCCAUCUCCAAAAUCCUUGUAAAUAAAAAUAAAUUCCUGUUUGGUAAAGCCA